AACAGUUACAUGUUACAUCGUUAUCUGGGAUGAACCUGGAUGUAAUGUGUAAUAGUUUUACGAGCGAAGCAUCCGUGUGUAAUAUGACAUCGAAUUCUAAUCUAAAUACGUAUUCAUGAACGCGUUCUCCAGGUAGAUUUUACGUGUCACCGUCUCAGCUAAUCGAGCUCCGCGUUUUUAAUCUCGACGCAAGUGUGAUGCCCGUUUUACGUAGCUUUCAAAUUACAAAUUUGCUCGUGUUACUCGGUGCUUUUUUCUUGUGCCUUAUAUUCAUGAUACAAGUGAGGCAGAUCUAUAAUAACAAUCAAAAGUACAACAGAUAUUUGGGAUACAAGGAAUACAUGAAUGAAAUAUCAGCUGAGCUGAAGGCUAUAGAAAAGACUGCGAACAGAUCGUCUACUUACGUGCGUCAAUUAAAUGAAAUCCUCUCGAAACAUCAUGAGAAGGAUAUCAGGAACGUUUCUGUAUCGCGACCUGUUUUUUGAUUAGAAACAAGUUUAGCACUGAGAAAGUGGACAAUAACUUUUUAAUAUGGCUAAAAAGGUAAUAUGCUUGUUCGAUGUCGAUGGUACACUUACAGACCCGAGACAGUCGAUUAAGCCACAAGUGGAGAAAUUUCUUUUGGGAACUGUUAAAAAAGAAUUUGAUCUGGCAGUGGUUGGAGGAUCAGAUUUAAACAAGUUGAAAGAACAGUUGGGUGGCAAGAGCAUGUUCGAAAAAUAUAAAUACGUUUUCGCAGAGAAUGGGUUGAUUGCUUUUAAAGACGGGAAACAAUUACGCACGGAAACGCUUCAAAGCAUGAUCGGUGAAGAGCAACUACAAGAUUUUAUCAAUUUUUGUCUAAAAUAUAUAUCCGAAUUACAUUUACCGUUCAAACGAGGAACCUUCAUUGAAUUUCGAUCAGGGAUGCUGAAUAUAUCACCUGUUGGUCGCAAUUGCACUCAAGAAGAACGUAUUCAGUUUUACGAAUACGAUCUUGAGAAUCAGAUACGUCAGAAAUUUAUUCAAGCCAUUAAGAAAGAGUUUCCGGAUCUUGCUUUCACUUAUAGUAUUGGAGGUCAAAUUUCGUUUGACGUUUUCCCUAUCGGUUGGGAUAAAACCUAUUGCCUUAGGCACAUCCAAGGAUACGAGGAAAUACAUUUCUUUGGUGAUAAAACGGCGGAAGGCGGGAACGAUCAUGAGAUUUAUGAGAGUGAUUUAACUGUUGGGCAUCGUGUCACUUCCCCAGAAGACACUGUUAAGCAGCUGAAAAUUCUCAUGGCGCUUACGAAAGAGCGAAAGGAACGCGAACAGCAGUCUUUGCCGUUUCCUAUGCAAUGUGCAUAAAUGCACUGACUGUGGGAUAGAUUAAGUAUAAUUUACUUAUGAAACGCAAGGUACUUCAUAACGCUGUUUGUCUUUUAUUUUUUAUUGAUAAGCAUUCCAUUCAUAGUAUUAAAUCUCCAAGGGUAGAAGUAUUGGGAUUUGUUAGGUGCAAUGAAAACAAGUUUAGAUAAUUUUUGUUUUAAAUGAUUAGAGAACAUUAUAAGAAAUCUGCGAGAUGUUUAUUGCUGUUGUCCAAUGAAUCUUUUUAAUAAAAGUAUAAUUUAUUCAUAUGGGAA